AUGACGACUCCCGAACUCACGCUCAUCGUCGCUGCCACCCGCAGCAUGGGCAUUGGCUUCCAGGGCACCAUGCCCUGGAAAGGCCUCAAGAAGGAAAUGCAGUACUUUGCGCGUGUGACGACGCGAGUUCCCACUUCAUCACAGACCAUCCAAAACGCCGUCAUCAUGGGCCGCAAGACCUGGGACUCCAUCCCCCCCAAAUUCAGGCCUCUCAAAAACCGCCUCAACAUCGUCAUCACUCGCUCCGCACCAGCUCACCCGCCUUCAUCACCGCCUCCAGCUGACGCCGAGGUCCGAGUGCCUUCCGUAGAAGCGGCGCUGCGGUACGCGGCAGAAGCAAACUCGAGCAGUGGCGGCCGCGUCUUCGUCAUGGGAGGGGCGCAGAUCUACGAGGCGGCGCUGAGGCAUCCCUCGGCGAAGCGUGUGCUGCUGACGAGCCUUGAUGCCGAUUUUGAGUGCGACACGGUCUUCCCGCUGGAUUUGACGGGGGACAAGGCCGAGGGCUGGGAGAAGAAGUCGAGAGAGGAGCUGCAGGCGUGGACGGGCGAGGAGAUUGAGGAGGGAGGACAGGAGGAGGCGGGCAUCAAGUACGAGUUUCAGAUGUGGGAGAAGAAGUACUGAUUGGUUGAUUGAUUCAUGAGAGUAUGAAUAUAGAAUUUUUUUUUUGUUUGUUUUCCUUUUCCAUCUAUAUAUACGUCUAUCAGAGAGGUGGGAUGCCGAACCUCUACGUUUGCCGGCAGCUAUCAGCCCGUACAUCAUACACUUGUAACGUACACCCGAGCACUAUUAUAUACACAUGUACAAAGGACUUGUUUGUCUCGAAUAUCUCCACACGCAUUUUGAUACUUUUCUUCCGUUUUUUGCAGUUUGCAUAUUUUACAGGUUUCCUCAAUCGCCAUUUUCUUGGUCAUCGUCGUCAUGCUUCUUGACUCCUUUUCUCCCCUUCUUUUCUUUCAUGAUUAAGCAGCCUUGGCCAGUUCUGGGGUAGCCUUUGCUUCUUGGCUCUCGUCCACACUCUCCUUGCCUUGCUCCCUCUUAAAGGGCUCUUCAAGUCUCGUCCAGAACACAUCCACCGGCUUGUCCAAGAUCUCGAGAGCCCUAUUGGGCAUUGCCAUGUCGGAAGCGCCCUCCAGCGAUGCAAGGCCCGAUCUCAUCCAUCCAACAAUAGCCACCAAUGCUCGUGGGUCAACCUCGGGGUCGCCCUUGAAGAGGUUCCUCCACACGGCGCUCGCUAAUACGGCGUCGCCCUUGAUGAGGCCCUCGUCAUACGCUAGCAGGAGGCCUCGCCACUGGACAAAGAUGUCCUUGAGGUAGCGCUGUCGGAGAGCGCUGGAGGUGAUGUUGUGGUCGAUGUGCAUCUUCUUCUCGCACUCGAAGAAGAAGUGGUCGAUGAGCUGCUGCUGCCAGCUUCGGU